CGCGGCACUCAGGAAGUAGGGCAGGACUAGGGAGUAGGUGUUUCUCUGUGCAUGCUCUUUGAACACAUCCAUGGGGUGCAUAUGCUUCACACGUCUCUAAGGUACGAUGACCAUACAGCGGCGAAGCAACCCCAAAGCCCCAGACGCCAACGGGAUUGAGAAGAAGAUCAAGAGGGGCAAUGCUCUGAGGCAGGCGUCUGCAUGGAGGGGGUCCCGUGUGCCCCUGCUGGUUCUGCUGGCGGGUCUGGUGGUGUGCGCGGCCGCAGCCUGGCUUGUCCUGGCCAGCAGGGACGCCGAGAUCACAGAGACCCUGGCCGGGAAGGGCGAGCUGGUGGCCCCAGAGCCCCGUGUGUUCAGUGUCCCGUGCUCUGAAGACUACGACAACCACCAGCGCUACCCAGGUUGCACCCCGUUGAAGUGUGGGCGGGCCGUCACAGACGCCGUGGUAACGAGAGAGGAGGCGCAGAUGCUCAGGAGGCUGGCAGAGAGAGGGCUGUCUCUGGCCGGCUCAGAGGGAGGAGCCUCCAUCCUCGACUUGCACUCUGGGGCCUUGUCAAUGGGCAAGCAGUUUGUUAAUAUCUAUAGGUACUUUGGCGAGCAGAUCGGCGAGGUGUUCACCCAGGAGGACUUCCAGCUCUACAGCGACGUGCGCGCCCGCAUCCAGGCAGUGGUGGCGGAGACGUUCGGUCUGGACCCGGCGCUCAUGUUCCUCACCAAGCCCACCUUCUUCUCCCGGAUCAACAGCACGGUCGCCCAGACGCAGCACGACGAGUACUGGCACCCGCACAUCGACAAGGUGACCUAUGGAUCCUUCGACUACACCUCCCUCCUCUACCUGUCGGACUACGGCUCUGACUUCGGCGGCGGGCGGUUCAUCUUCAUGGACGCCAGUGGGAACCGGACGGUGGAACCCCGCACAGGCCGUGUCUCCUUCUUCUCCUCGGGCUCGGAGAACCUGCAUCGCGUGGAGCAGGUCACCUGGGGGACCCGCUUCGCCAUCACCGUCUCCUUCACCUGCGACCCGGCCCACGCCAUCACCGACCCUGCACUGCCCUGACGGCCGGCAGCAUCAUCACCAUGACGACCACGACCCGACCACCGGUCUCGCCUUGCACACCCGCCCCCGCCCCACUCUUCCUCCUCCUUCUCCUCCUCCUCCUCCUCCGUCGUCUACAACUGGUCCUCCUCUUCCUCCUCGUGUCAUCGCUAGCCUUUCCUCCUCUUCCUCCGCCUGCUGCUCCUCCUCCUCCUCCAGUCCGUCCAGCCCUAAAGCACAAAGAAGAGGAGGAGAGAGGGAGGAAGGGGGAGGAGGGGUACAAAGAGAAGGAAAAUUGGGAAAUAAAUGAGUGAGCGAAUAAAAGAUGACAGAGAAGCGAGCAGUGGUUAAUUAGGGUAGGGAGGAAGGAAGUGGCGAGAAGGAAAAGGAGACCAGACAGGACACAGUGUGAGUUCUCUGCCUUGAAUGUUCCUCUUCAUAGCCAACGGAUACCCAUCGCGUUUCCUAUAUGGUUUAUUCGGUCAUGAUUGGUUGAGGGGUUGAUUGUAUGGAUGCCAAGCGGAUUAUGUGAUGCUGUUUAGUUGGGGAGCUUUGUGGUUUCUGAUGGAGGCCGUGGGGAGCAGGUUUUAGGCUGCUGAGGCGUCUUUUGUACAGGGGCGGCCUUUUUUGUUUUUUACUAGGAUUCAAGGGAUGUUCUUUUUCGCUUCCUUUUUGUACACCAAACCUUCUUUCGUACCGUCUUUGUACACCAUAGAACCACUAGUCCUAGGAAGGUUGUUUUUUUCAGCUUUUCCCUAACCGAUUUCUUAUAUCUUGAAUUACUUCAUUUUUCGGGAAGGGAGGGCUUAAUAGAAAACGCUUCCUGCGGAAAUCGUUUUUAUGACGGGGGCAGCGAUGCGAUGUGUCGUUUGGAUUCGAGGGCCACAGUUUCCUGAAACCAGAGCUCUUCCCUCCUGAAGAUGCAGCCAUCAGCGCAAUCGCGCCACUUGAACCGGCAUCCAGGUCUUUUCUGAGGGACUCCAUUACCCACAAGCGCUCUGGGAUUUGUACAAGAGCACUUAUUGCCGCCAAAGGGGUCAUCCGGGGGAGUGUGAAAUAAAUGGAGGUGAAAGUUAAAGUG